AUGCUAGGCCUGCGCCCACGUCCCACCCUCAAGGCCCGCCCCUCGCUCCUCGACCUCAUCCAAGCUCAAAACAGCCAUAACAGGGACAGUGCUUCCUCUAGCGACCCUGCCAAAAGCGAGCCUCCCGCCUCGCUCGAGCUUCACAACACCGACAUCACCACCACCACCACACACCCCCAUCCUCGCCCAUUCACACCACCAGAGGUCAGCGUUGCACUACCCGACAGUCCAGAGCUCCUUCGGCCCUCGCCACUGUCAUUCUCCACCUUCUCUUCAGCCGAUCCAGCAGAAGAGGCGGAUAUACAACCUAUUGCGGCGAAACAGGAAGAGCUUCGUGAGGAAACACCACCGGAAACAACAGACACGAUGCCUCCCAAGAAACAGCAGCAGAGCGGCCAAGAUGAGGAGUCGCAGCAGGGAAACAUCUUCUCUGUCUCGGGUCCCGUUAUUGUCGCCCAGAACAUGACCGGAUGUGCCAUGUACGAGCUCUGCAAAGUCGGCUACGAUCAGCUGGUUGGAGAAGUUAUCCGUAUCGAUGCCGACAAGGCCACUAUCCAGGUCUACGAGGAGACUGCCGGCGUCACAGUCGGUGACCCAGUCUACCGAAGUGGGAAGCCUCUGUCUGUCGAGCUGGGUCCUGGUCUGAUGGAGACCAUCUACGACGGAAUCCAGAGACCGCUCAAGGGCAUCUUCGACAAGUCUGAGAGUAUCUACAUCCCCAGGGGUAUCGCCGUACCUGCUCUCGACCGCACAAAGAAGUGGAGGUUUACACCUAGCGACAAGUUCAAGAAGGGCGACCACAUUACUGGAGGAGACGUCUUUGGUGUUGUCGAGGAGAACAGCUUGCUCAGUGAUCACAAGAUCAUGCUGCCUCCGCGCGCACGAGGAACCAUCACCAAGUACCCAGAGAAGGGCGAGUACACUGUUGACCAGAAGAUCUUGGAGGUGGAGUUUGAGGGCAAGAAGUAUGAAUACAGCAUGAUGCACGAGUGGCCUGUUCGUGUGCCGAGACCUACUACGGACAAGCUGAGCUCUGGCGAUCCAUUCAUCGUCGGACAGAGAGUACUGGAUGCCCUCUUUCCCGGUGUGCAGGGCGGUACCGUCUGCAUUCCUGGCGCCUUCGGAUGCGGCAAGACUGUCAUUUCUCAGUCUGUGUCCAAGUUCUCCAACAGUGAUCUGAUUGUUUACGUGGGCUGUGGCGAACGAGGAAACGAAAUGGCUGAAGUCUUGAUGGACUUCCCCGAGGUAACCAGCAGUCCUGUGCCAACGAGAGCAAUCCCCGUGCUAACAGUUUCGUAGCUCACCAUCGAAUUCGACGGCCGCCAAGAACCAAUCAUGAAACGUACUUGCUUGAUCGCCAACACAUCCAACAUGCCCGUCGCUGCUCGUGAGGCUUCCAUCUACACUGGAAUCACGAUCUCUGAGUACUUCCGUGAUCAGGGCAAGAAUGUUGCCAUGAUGGCUGACUCCACCUCCCGCUGGGCUGAGGCUCUUCGUGAGAUCUCUGGUCGUCUCGGAGAGAUGCCUGCUGACCAAGGUUUCCCCGCCUACCUCGGUGCCAAGUUGGCCUCUUUCUACGAGCGUGCUGGAAAGGUCACUUCGCUUGGUUCUCCAGACCGCAAGGGCAGUAUCAGUAUCGUCGGUGCCGUCUCGCCUCCAGGCGGAGACUUCUCAGACCCCGUCACUUCUUCGACUCUGAACAUCGUGCAGGUAUUCUGGGGCUUGGACAAGAAGCUCGCACAGCGGAAGCACUUCCCAUCCAUCAACACCUCUGCCUCAUACUCGAAAUACACCAACGUGUUGCAAAACUACUACGGCGAACACAACCCCGAAUUCCCUCAGUUCGCCAACCGCAUCCGAGAACUUCUUUCCACAUCCGAAGAUCUCGAUCAAGUCGUGCAACUCGUCGGAAAGUCCGCGCUUGGCGAUGGCGACAAGAUCACCCUUGACGUCGCCACUCUGAUCAAGGAGGAUUUCUUGCAACAGAAUGGGUACAGUGACUACGAUCAGUUCUGUCCUCUGUGGAAGACUGCGUGGAUGAUGAAGGCUAUGAUGACUUUCCACGAUGAGAGUCAGAAGGCUAUCUCACAAGGACAAAACUGGAGCAAGGUGCGGGAGGCGACGUCUGACAUUCAGAACGAAUUGAGGAGUAUGAAGUUCGAGGUGCCAACCGAGGGAGAGGAGGCCAUCACGAAGAAGUAUGAGGACUUGAUGCAGAGGAUGAACGAGAAGUUUGCCAGUGUGUUGGAUGAGUAA